CCAGGCAUCCCGCGCCUCCGGGCCCGGCUGGGCUGGGGACGCCGCCGCGACAGCCGCGGGCCCGGGAGGGAGGCAGGGCCCAGGACGCAAGGUGGCGACAAGGCGCGUCUGGCCCAGGGGCUGUGGGGUCACCUUCUCUUCCUCUUUCCUGCCACCCCAAGUCGUCUGCCUUGUGUGUCAUGCGGUGGGAGAGCGCCUUGGCCUGGACCUCAAGCCACCCACGUUCUAAUCCUGCCUUUGUCAUUUCCUAGAGCUGUGGCCUCAGAUCUCUCCCUGGUGCCACUGCAGCUGAGUGUGCCUCAAAUCUGAAGAAAAUCUACACGGUACAAACAGUACAGGUAUUCUGGAGUGUGUACAAUAACAUCCCUCCCGUGACCAGCCUGCCUCUGAGAUGCAGUUAUCACUUAAUGAGAGGAGAGAGGCGACCGCUUUGGGAAGAGGAGAGUAAUGCGAAGGGCGGUGUGUGGAAGAUGAAAGUUCCCAAGGACAGCACGUCCACAGUUUGGAAAGAGCUGUUGUUAGCAACUAUCGGGGAGCAGUUCACAGACUGUGCCGCAGCAGAUGACGAAGUGAUAGGAGUCAGUGUCAGUGUUCGAGACCGUGAAGACGUCAUCCAAGUCUGGAAUGUAAAUGCCUCAUUAGUGGGCGAAGCGACUGUUUUAGAAAAGAUCUAUGAACUUCUGCCUCACAUAUCUUUUAAAGCUGUGUUUUAUAAACCCCAUGAAGAGCAUCAUGCUUUUGAAGGUGGACGUGGAAAACACUAAUUGCACUCUGUAAAGAAUUCUUUGUCCUUUGCUGAUUGGUUUUGGAAACGGUCUUAACAGGAGGGAGAGUGAAGAGAAGACUUGCCGGAGCCCGAUGCUGGUCCAUUUAGAGUGGGUUUCUGUGCUUGCAGAUUGGGCAAUUAGGACUCAAAGUGGCAGGUGGGGCAGGGGGGUGAUUCUGUGGGUUUCUACCGUCAUAUUACUUGCCUUUAAAAAUAUAUAUAUAUUUUUUUAGAUUUCUAAAUUCUCUGUUCUAUUCACUCAGAUUUUUUCCCUUUAAAAUUCCUUAUUCAGGCUAAUUAUUGUUUUCUACACUCCCCUUUCAUUGAAGCACAAGAACUUGGUUUCCCUUUCAGUGGCUCUGCUGUACCUACUUAAUGAGAAUAUGCAUAAUCAUGACAAUCCAGCUUUAGAAACCGCAGUGUACCAGGAGGAAUACUAGCUUGGUGAAACCUGUCUUCUGGUUAUUUGUUGUGACACAUUUCUAUGUGCUGUGAGCUGGGCAUUGUUUUUUCUGCCCCAGAGAAAAGAAAAACCAUAUUUAAUCUGAUUUUGCACUGACAGUGUGCAUAUCUUGUUAUUUUUCUUUACAAAAUAAUUCUUAGUGAUAAAAGGAAAAUAAUAUUUGGUUUGGCUAACAUAAAAACUAUAAUCACAGUUUAGUACCAGGAUCUAAGUCUUUGGAACUUCUUUGGAAGUACUUCUUACCAAACUCUAGGUUUGGCCUUUUCAGGGAAAGUCUUAGAGUAGUAGCAAGGGAUUUCUCUGAGUAUAAAACUUGAUAUUUCUGAUUUAAAGAGGAGGUGUUAUAUUUUUAAUUAUUUAAAUUAAACUUGCAAAGAUUGGCUGUGCUUACCCACUUAGGACUUUCCAAAUCAAUUAUAACCCACUCUGUUAAAUAAUCCCUCUUUCCUGCUCUUAUUGUGUCGUUUCUGAUAAUCAAUGGCCUCUCCAGCCUGGGCAGCUUCCCCUUCCAUUUCGUGGGGAGCAGGAAGUCAAAUCUCAUUUCCAGGAUGCGUGUGAGCAUUCACAAAGUGGAACUGGGAGUACCUCCUGUCAACACUAACUGUUGGAAUGGUCUGUACAUAGUGUUACACUGCCAAAGAAGUGCUGGUGUUAGUCAGAGGAAAUAACCACCCUCGGGAACACUAAGAUCACUCAGAAUACGCCAUGUCCCUCUCUUGACUUUGCCAACCUUCUGAGUGCUUUUACCUGAGAAAGAGCAGAACUAUUGGAGAUGCCUCCUCCUGUUGGCUUAUUUUUGGAGUUGCUGGGAUUUGUGUGUGCUUACACAUUUCUCAAGAGUGAUGGAUACAUUGAGAAUGUCCCUGUACCCCGGAUUUUUAGUUCCUCUUGACCAGCAGAGAGAGGCAGGGCUACUCCAUGCUUCCCACAUGUGUUUGUAAAUAAAGUUGUGCUUUCAAGCCUUGUAAAUGACUUCCAGCAAUAUCUACUUAUCAGAGUUGUGCCUUUUCAUUGGGUUAUUAACCAUAUCAACCAUAAUAAUAAUCAGUCAUAUUUUGCAAAACUGCUUUUUUCAAACUUGAGUUUCUUCAUCAGUUUCAAAAUGAACUCUUAAGGAUACAGGGACCCUUUCGCAAAAGCCUAGGACUUGAUUCUCUAAACAAUGUACAUUUCUUUCAACAUUCAACUUGUUUUAAAAUUUUUCUCGAGGAUUUAAUACAAUUAUUCUGGACAUAGAUUGAAAUUUUUUUGUAAUAUAAAUAUUUUUCUGGUAGAUUAGAAAAAAGGAUAUAAUUGACCAUAAUAAUUGUCAUAUAUAUUUCCACAAGUAAAUGAAUUUUGAGGAAUUUUUAUUUUUGAACGUUACUUACAGCAUUUGUGAUGAUGUAUUCAACUUUUGCAUGUAUGAAGCCUUUGAAGUAAAAAUAAAAUGAAAUAAAUAGGAA